GUGUUGCCGAUGGGCGGCGCCAUGGUGAGCCAUCAGCAGCAGUCUCCAGACCACGGACCAUCGCCUACGAAGGAUGCGCCGUCGGACGGGGAGUUCAUGAAGCUGCUGGACUCGCUGGAGGUGCGUGUCGACUUGAUGGCGCAGAUGCAGCACACCCGCAAUCAGAUUCAGGCGCGAACUCGAGUCAAGGACGAGCCGGACGGCCAAGGUACGCACGUGAUGACCACCCCCCCGGGGGACCCGAGGCCCCUGAUAGGCUGCGCACCCUCGGGCCUGACGAGCGCCGCCCUGGCGCAGGCGCAGCAGCGGCUGGAGGCGUGCGAAGCGCCGCCGCGGGGGGAGGGCGCCCGCGACGGCGCCAGCGUGGAGCUGCGGGAGCGCCUCCACGAGGAGCGCGAUCGUGCAGACGCCCUUCGGCGCGAGCUCAAUGAUCUCCGGAUGCGGGCACACGACACGGACAGCCUCCGGGACCGGCUCUCCCAGUCGCUCGAGCGGGAGCGCGACGCCAACGCGCAGGUCGAGAAGCUCCGCCAGCAGCUGCACGAGGCCCGCAUGGACGCGGAGGCGUCGAGAAAGGAGUGGGCGUUGGAGCGGGAGCAGAUGGCGCGGGAGAUACAGUCGCUGCGCUCUGAGCAGGGGAAAGGACCCAGUUCGAGAGCCGACACUGCAACUUUGCCGACGGAGCCCGUGCUGAUACCGCCUACUAUGCGAUUGGCGGAAGAGCUGGCCGCGCAGGAGAAGCAGCCGCCGACCACGGCGCCCUUCAACCGCCAGGCGUGCGGCGUGAACGUAGUGCUGUCCGAGGACCGGCUCUCUCGCGGCGAUCAUAUUCGCUGUCCCGCCCUGUGGCAGGCCGUGCACCAGGCCUGGCUCCUGAUCGCCCGAUGCCAUAUCACCUCGAUUCGCGUCUGGGCCCCGCAAGAAUUGGAGCUGGAGUUGGAGCUGGAGAAGGCCGUGGAGGAAGAGGGAGAAGAGGAGAGGUCGGCGAGGCCGGCGGCGCCACGUGCUGACCGCCAGCUCAGCGAGGCAGCCGUCCACGGCGCGCGACCCUGUGACGGAUCGCGGUGGCACUCGGCGGCCAUGUGCCCUGCGGCACCAGGCCGGAUCCCCCCGCCUCUCGGAGCCCGCCAGCGCAGCGACUCGCACGGCCGCGGCGUCAGUUCCGCCUCCAAUUGGAAGCGUAAGUACUUGACCGACAAUCUCCACUACGACGUCCGCGCGCUUCUGGGCAACAGGUACUACCUCAAGGCCGUGUUCAACGACGAGGGCCAGCUCGACGGCAGAGAUUACAUCGUGGGAGACGUGAAGUACUACGCCGGCAUUGCGCAGAAUCGCAAGUGGAGGGCGACGUGGGUAACCUCGGCAACUUUUGCGACCAAGAUGCCAGGGCUAUCCCUUCGCCUGCUGGUCUGCACUGCUACCGAAGCGGGUGCGCUCCCAGGCCUGCAGUACCUCACUUCCUACAUCGACGUUGCCAUCGACGAGUGCCAGUGCACUUCAUUCCACGAGGACGACCUCAACCGCGUGAGCUUUGUCAUCAUCCCAGGCGGCGGCCAUCAGGUACAACGGCACGGGCAGCCUCCAUUGCAUCCUUUGUUGAAAAACGUGCAGUUGAUCAAGCUGGAGUAUUUCAUCUACUUGCACACCCCUGAGUUGCAGAUGCCUAAGUGCCAGGAUGUUCCGAUGCAGUGGGUCCUCGAUGUGGACGUCGAGUUGGAUUCGGGCUCCCUGGAGAUCAUUUCGCGAUGCAUCGCGGGCAUCAUUUCGAGCGAGCGCAAGGUGCUGCUGAUCGACGAGCAUGGGCGCAGUGAUCUGGAGACGGCAGGCCAGGACAAGAUCUUCACGGAGGGUUUCGACAAGGACAAGGUCGGCAUCCUUCGUUACCGUGACACACUCAGGACUAUCACUGGCGACGCCAACGAUCUGCAGAUGCAGAACUUGGGCUUCGGCGGUCCGCAGGAGAAAGAGGUCGUGAAGCUGGUGCGCGCGCGUGGUCGCGUACGGUCGCCGGACCUGUCCAGCAAUUCCAUAUCGGUGCCAUUUGAGGACUGGAACAUCAAAGUCGUGCAGCCCCUCGUCAGACUGACCGUACUGAAGUUCUGCAAGACCCAGGUCACGGGCGACACCAACGCUGUGGAGCCCCUCGUCAAUUUGACCUGGCUGAGCCUCUCCGACACGCAGGCCAAGGGCGACAUCAGGGCGGCGCAGCCCUUCGUCAACCUGACCGUACUGAAGCUCAGCAAGACUCAGGUCGCGGGCGACACCACGCCGGUGGAGCCUUACGCCAAGUUGACCAUGUUGGACCUCGCCGCUAUGCAGGUCACGGGCGACACCUGGGCGGUGGUAGAGCGCAUCGCCAAGCUGAGCACGGUGAACUUCUGGCACAUGCAGGCCACGGGCGACAUCAAGGUCAUCAACGACAUUUGGGACAGACGGACUUUCGUCAAUUUGACCGAGCUGUGGCUCAAGGGCGCCAGGGUCUCGGGCGACAUCCAGCACAUGCAGCCUCUCGUCAAGUUGACCGAGCUGGUGCUAAACGACACCCAGCUCCCUGGCGACGCCCAGGUGUUCGACUCGGCGCCGCAGGGGUACGACUACGACGAUUUCAGCCUGAUGCCCGGGCAGGUCUCCUUUGAGGCCGCCGAGGUCGACCUUGCGGGCAGCCAGGGCAAGCAGGCAGUGCCAGACAAGCCAGUCGUGCCCGAGGAUGUCAAGCUCGUUUUCCAGUUUGCGAGCACAUCGUCGCCCAGACUGGAUGCACAAGGGCGACAUGAACGGUGCCGUGUGGCAGCACUGGCCAAAUUGCGGGCAGAAGCUGCUGCGUUCGUCCUGGGUGCUGAGCGCUGGGAGGCGUUGGCGGAGAAACCGCUCGUGGAGUUCGUGGAGGGCCUCGCUUGCACGUGCGGCACAACGGCUCUGAAGGAGGUGGGCGAGGCCGAGAGCCCGCCGCUGGACGUGCCAUGUCACGGAGAGCAGCUGGCUGCUGAUGACGAGUCGACUGUCCAGCAUAUGCACUCCCAUACCAGGACGACGAGGAUGAGCCGAUUUGAGCCGCAGCCGUUCAAGCGGAAGCUUGCCAUGAUCUCACUCGGACCCGCAGAGUCCGUGUCGCAGGAGAUGGAGCCUCCUUCUUGCAACAAGCAGUGGCGACAGCGGUGA